AUGGUGGACUUCAUUUACACCUGGAGGACACCAGACCUCCACAGCAUGGCAGACGCUGUGCUGGAAGCUGCUGAGAAGUAUGGCAUGGAGCAUUUGAAGGUCACAUUUGAGGAUUUCCUCUGCAAAUACCUCUCAGCGAAUAAGGCUGCCCAAACUCUCCUCCUGGCUGACCUCCACAGUGCAGGGCAGCUGAAAACCCAGGCACUGGAUUUCAUUACAGCUCAUGUUUCUGAGGUCUCUGAGACCUCAAAAGAAGAGAAGAAAACUGCUGCCCUGCAGAAUGAGUUAGAAACUGCUGAUAAAUUAGUAGGAGACUUAAAACAACAGCUUACAGAAAAGGACCAAGAGACCCAAAACUUAAAACUGGAGUUAGCCAGUUGUAAAGAAAAAGAGAACCAGUAUGUUUUAGAAAUUAAACAGUUCAUGGGGACAGUUGAAGAACUCCAGAAGAGACAUUACAGAGAUAACCAUAUAGAUACUGACAUAUUGCAAAGAAUGGAGAAAGAAACACAGCGGAAAUUAGACCACCUCCAAGCAGAGCUAGAUGAGAUGUAUGGGAGACAGAUAGUGCACAUGAAGCAAGAAUUAAUAAAGCACCAUCAGUCUCAGAUAGAGGAUCUUAAAUCCCAGCAUAAAGGAGAAAUGGAGACUACUUUAAAGUCAUAUGCACACACUACUGUCGGUACAUGCAAUAUGCAUAAAGAUUAUAAAGAACAACUAGAGUUACUGAAUGUGUCGAUAAAUGAACUGAAUAAAAAAUUGCAAAAUACUCUUUCUGAAAAGGAGAACUUUAGUGAUGAGCUCUGUGUAGUCAAGAGAGAAAAAUGUGUGCUUCAGAGUCAGUUUAAUGAUCUUUUAGAAGAAUUAAACUUUUUAAGAGACCAGAUUCAUAGAGCAAGGCAGACAGUAUCUGAACAAGAAUGCAAACUGAAUGACGCACGCAGGUCCCUCAGCACAGUGAAAGACUUGAUAGCUGAGAUCUCAGCAGCAUCCGACUUCCGGAAGGAGCUGGAGUUACAACAUGAAUCAGAAAUUACAAAUUACAAAAUAAAGCUUGAAAUGCUAGAAAAAGAAAAGAACGAGGUACUAAGCAGAAUGGCUGAGUCCCAAGAGGCGGAGCUGGAGCGAUUGAGAACACAGCUCCUCUUCAGUCAUGAAGAAGAACUCUCCAAGUUGAAAGAAGAUCUGGACGUUGAACAUUGAAUAAAUGUUGAAAAACUUAAAGAGAAUUUGGCCCUUCACCACAAGCAUCAGAUAGAAGAGUUAGAAAAUGAAAUGAGUAAGAAGACUGAAAUUAUGCAGUGCGAAAAAGACAACUUGAUAAGUAAGCAGAAUCAGCUGACUUUAGAAAUUUGUGAGCUGAGAGAUUUACAGCAGUCCCAUAUUGAUUUGAAAUCAGAACAAAUGACUCUUCAGAUUAAUGAGCUUAAAAAAGAAAUUGAUAUCCUCAAACUUGAAGAAAAGGAAAAGCAUACACUUGAGCAAGAAAUUCAGGAAUUACAGCUUAAAACUGACCUUCUAGAAAAACAACUGCAGCAAAAAGGGGAGGACCUUCAAGAAAAAUGUACACAACUUGAAGCAGAGAAUAGCAUUCUUAAAGAUGAGAAGAAAGUCCUCGAAAACCAGCUGAAAUUUUACACUCCUACUGACCGAAGAUUAAUUGCCUUAGAUUCUAGUGCAUACUUGUCAAAAGGCUGUAACUGCCAAAAAGAAAUUGAUGCACUCACUAAGGAAAAGGAUGACCUGAAACAGAAAUGUAUUCACCUCAAUAAGGAGAUCGAAAAGCAAAGGAAUACAUUUUCCUUUGCUGAAAAGAACUUUGAAGUUAAUUAUCAAGAGUUACAGGAGGAGUACGCUUGCCUUCUCAGAGCAAGAGACGAUUUAGAAGACAUCCAAACUAGGCAGGCUUUGGAGUACAAAAACAAGCUUAAAGCACUGACCGAAGAGCUCCAUUUGCAGAGAGGAAGCCCGGUGAUGCACACAGAGAAGCCUUCUGAGUUUAUCGAUGCCAAAGCUUUUAUAGUGGAACCGUUGGAAGUCAGGGAGUUAGUUGAAAAAGAUAUUACAGACGGUAAUGAAAAUGGGAGAGAAGAGUUGAUAUUGCCAACAAGAACUAUUGAACCGGCUGAUGGUAUAGUUGAACCAUGUGAAAAACUCCAGGAAGAACUUUGCGCCCUCCAGGCCAAGCAGGCUGAUUUAAAGCUGCAGAUGGAAGCCCAACGGAUAUGCCUUUCCCUAGUUUAUUCAACUCAGGCAGAUCAGGUUCAUGAAUAUAUGGAAAAGGAAAGAGAUGCAGCUCUUUGCAGCCUUAAAGAUGAGCUUGUUUCUGUUCAAGAAAGAAAACUGGUUGAGCUUCAUAAAAUGCACCAGUGCCAGCUUCAGGCUCUUCAGAGACAGAAGACAGGUGAAGACAAAGAACCUUUACAGGUGCUCAUUGGACGACUUCAAAAGGCAGUGUCUGAGGAGUACUGCUUUGUUUUAAAGACUCUAAAUUCUUUUCUUGAUGAACACCGUUGUCCUUUAAAAUGUGAAAUGAAUAUAGAAGAGAAAGAGAAUUCUGGUGUAUACAAUGAAAUUCCAAGGUUGAAAUUACAAGAAUACAGAUACCAAGUUGAAGAUUUUCAACAUAAUAUGGAAAAUUUUCUGAGUAAAGUCACAGAUGAACACAGCAAGCUUGUGACACUACAGAUGCAGUUAAGCAAGAUUCACGGACAGCAAACAGAUGGUGUGAAACUUGAGUUUGCAGAGGAAAAUGUGGCAGGAGAGGAAUCAGGGAUUUUGUCAGCACACUCUCAGGCUGAUUUACAGAACACUGACAUCCGUCAUGAGAGUGAGCUGUCUUCUCUGCCGGAGAGUGAAGACAGUAAAGAGCAUGAAAAGCAGCUUCAGGGGUUAGAGAGCCCUGUGAAUACCUUAGAGCAGCAGCUGAAAGCAACUGAAGCUUAUUGUGGAGCAGAGAUCCCGACGGUUCAGGGAAGCGUUGAGACCAUCCAUGGACCGUCAGCACAGUUGAGUGUUGAUGCAGUGGUAUUAAAAGACAGUGAUUUACAGAAAACACUCUACUCUGGAAUUUGUCUACAGGAGCACACUGUCAGCAUCACAGAGUUUCCGGUUGGAUUUGAAAGAAGUCAAGAAACAAAUAUGGUUCAAUUAAUGGAAAAACAGUAUCAAGAACGUUUAGAAGAAGAAGUUGCUAAGGUCAUCGUGUCAAUGAGUAUAGCAUAAGCUUACAAAGCGGAGACCUGGGGAGCGAAAAGCCCAACCCUUAUAUAGCUCAGCAGUCCCCGCCUUGGACGUGUCAUCUCCUGACUGGCUCCUGCUCGUCAGCCCAUAUGACGUCACGGGAGAGGCAGAGAGUAAGGGAUAGAA